AUUCCAUUGAAUUGUGAGCGCUCGUAUAUUUCAUUAAGUUAUUAUUAUUAUUAUUUUUGUUGUUGAUUAUUGUGAUUCGAUUUGUGAUCAUCUUUUGUUGCCAAUAAUUAAUCAUUACAUGCUAGACAUUUGUCAUUCAUUUUGAUUUGGCUGAAUUUUUAUUAUCUAAACAAAAAUAUAAAUUUCGUUUGUAAUCACGAAUCAAAUUCAAUUAAAACCAACCAGAACGCAAGAUAAUUGCAUUUGAUAUCUGAUUGUUGAUUGAACAAAAUAAAUAUUCAUUGUCAACAAACGAAACCAAUAUUUUUUCAUCAGAUUUAGUUUGAAUAUUUGAUUUCGAAUCUAAUGAUUGGUUCCUUUUGAAAAGCAUAAUCAUGAAGUCUAUCUUGGUCUUUACAUUUUUGGCAUUAGUGCUUUACACGAAUCUUAUCCAUUGUAAAACCAUUGCCAAACCUGAACAAUCAUCGCAGACACACUUGACAACCACAACGGCUACAUCGCAUAAUGUUGAUGAAAAAAAAUCGGAUUUGCAUCGUGUUCGUUUGAUGUCAACAUCAGAUGACAAUGAUGAGAAACAAAAAUCAUGGUUACCAAUAUUUGAUGAAUCACUGAAUACUUCAGCUGAUGACAUCAAGCAGGCUAAUGCUACUAGUUGUUCUGAACAAUGUAAAGAACAUUUUGGCACCACCAGUGACGAUUUGGAAAAAUUUCAAUCCUGUAUCAAUGGAUGCCGAUAUUAUACGAUCAAUUUGAUAUUGACACAGAAUAACAUUUCAGCAGGUUAUACAUCAUCUUUAUCUUCAGUCAAAUCCGAAUGCUUCAACUCGUGUUUAAAAGUCUAUCCAAAUGAUACAAAAUCAAUAAGUAUCUGUAAUUUUGGUUGUCGAUUGGCUGAUAAUGCUCAAACUGAAGAACCAAAAACACGGCCAAUAAUAACAAUUUCAUCCGUAGAUGCACACGAAGAUUCUUCUCACAAUAACAUGGCAGCAGACGCUAUUGAACCGGAAAAUUCUACAUCAGAUGAGGAAAGAACAUUUUCAAUGUUCAUUCCUAUUCCGAUUCGAACAAUAACAUCGGCUAGUGAGUUGAAUGGAAAUUCACAACAGGAAAGUUUAGAUAGAAUUUUCACUCAAGACAGUAGUUCAUCAUCUUUAUCUCGAAUGAUGAUGUCAAUGGUUCGUUCGAUGGCUGAACGAGCGCGUCAAAUGAUAGAUUUUGCCCGUACUCAGCAAAAAAAUAUGGAAGAUAGCAGAUUCUCGAUGGGUUCAGAUUCAUCUGCUAACACGGGUGAAACUGGUGGCGAAGCUGUUUCUGUUGAACGUUCAAUGUCGGUAAUGAUGACCAAAGAUAAAGAUGGCCAUAACAAAUUUGUUGUAAUGCGUAAACCGCCAAAGAUUACCAUCCAUCGAGCUUGGAAUCCGUUGGGAUGGGAUCUUGAUCAAUUCAAGACUGAGAAAGCAACUGAUUUGAAUCGACGUUUUAAACAAUUAGAACAUGAGGGCCAAGAGGAGUCUGAUGGAAAUAGAUUUAGAGUUGUGGUCCCAUGGAAAUGGUCUGGCGGUUGGAGCAAUAAUCGUGGUCAACAAGAACAGAUUGGGGAUGACGAUCGAUUUGGAAAUCGCAUGAUUCAUCGAUUAACUUCGUUUGGUUUGCCUCCUAAUCAACAAAACAAUGAAGAUCUUAGCCAUGAUACCGACGAUGAUGUAAUGGUCAUCAAUACUGUUGAUCCGAAUAAAUCUGAUUCACUUCAAUGGUCAACUUGUUUAAUUUCCAUGAUGCCCUUGCUCUAUUUGUUGAUGGUCAUUUUAUUGUUGUACAUUAUCAUCUGGCUCUUCUAUUCUGUACCAAACUAUUUCAUCUGCAUAAAUCGCCGAAGCCGUUCACAUCCUCCAUCGAAUGGUCGUAAUCCAUCGGAAACAAUUUUACCAUUGCCAUUGGAUAAUGAUAAUUAUCGCGAGACACGUCGCCGGCUUUUUCAAAAAUUAUUCCACUUGAGUCGAGCACAACGUUAUUGUAAAUUAUCAGCAUUCACUGGCUUAGGUGAGAAACCUUCACCUUUAUCACCAGCAAGAUCACCAACCAGUGUAGCAGGAGCUGAUUUGAGCCCAACUGCUUCAACAUUAUCAUUUCCUCCGCCGUAUACUGAAGCAACAGCUGGAACUGAAACAUUCUCUGUUCCUGAAAACGUUAAUAAAGAAAAGAACUGAGUUCAAAAUCAAAAUUAUACCACCAAUUUCCAGCUAUUAAAAUCAAAUAUGGAUCGAACAAAUAAUCUGCUUCGCAAAAAAUUUGGCUUGAAUUAAUUGAUCAUAUUCAAUAAUUAAAACAACAAAAAUUUUGAUCAUAA